AAACGGUCUGAAAGUAUUGUUUUGUUCCCUUUGCUUUCUUUGCCUCCCUGUUGCAAAAUUUCUUGUCAACUUUCUUUUGACAAUCAUGGAAUUGAGGCCAACCCUUUUGGUUAUUGUCUUCUCUAUUCUCCUUCCCUCUGCUCUCUCUGAAAUCAAAACCACCAACAUAAUUUCUGAUGCUUGUUCAAGCAUUCUCUUCGAAGAAUUUGGCUUCUCUUCAAACGGUAUUGCCUCUGUCUCCCUCAACUCUGUCUCUUGGGCUUCACAAACGCAAAAUUUCUCCCUCUUCUCCCUUGGUUUCUACCUCCUUUCCGACUCUUCUGACUUCAGCUAUCCAAUGAAUCUGAUCACAGCAACAACUUCUGUCCCCUUCCCACCAGCUUCUCCCUCAUUUUACUCACAUUCCAAGAUCUUCGCAAUUCCACAGCCAACAACACUUCUCAUUUCUGACCCUGAUAAAUACAACCUCUUUUUUGCCAACUGUUUGUCAAAUUCAGUGGAAGUCACAAUGAGAGUGUACAAUGUCGAUAGCUAUGGAAGGAGACAAUACUUACCAAUUGGGCGAAAAUGGUUGCCUCUGGUGUAUAUUGUAUUCUUUGUUACGUAUUGCGUUUUCUUAGGGUUUCGGGGGUUUGUCUGUCACAAGCUUUAUCAAAUGAUGUAUGAGGGGUCAUGUGUGGUGUUCGUCUGCUACAAGGAGAGGACGAUAGCAAAAAAAAUCCAUAUGGUGAUGGCUGCAUUGCUCUUGUUCAAGGGACUGAAGAUGGUAUGUGCGGCCGAGGACCUGUGGCACGUGCAGAGCACGGGGAUGCCUCAUGGUUGGGAUGUUGCUUUCUAUGUCUUUGAGUUCUUCAAAGGCGUGCUGUUUUUCACUGUCAUUGCUCUUAUUGAAACAGGAUGGUCUUUGUUGAAACCGUACCUUCAGGAGAGAGACAAGAGCAUCCUGAUGGUGAUAAUCUCAUUUCAAGCGGUAGUGAAUAUCGCCAGAGCCAUUAUCGGCGAAGGGGGAACUGUGUUGGAUAAUUGGUUGACAUGGAUUCAGCUCUUCAGUCUCGUUGAUCUUGUGUGCUUCUGCCUCGUCUUCGUGCCUUUACUUUGGUCAAUACCAAGCCUUCGCGAGGCAUCAAAGACCGAUGGAAAGGCAGCCCGAAUCACUCUUUUCAAGCAGUUCUAUCUUGUACUUGAAGGUUAUUUAUAUUUUACAGGGAACAUCGCGUCAGAGAUGAGAGGAUUGAUAAGUUACGGGUAUCUGUGGCUGGUGGCCGUGACGGAGGAGAGUGCAAAUUUGAUGUUUCAUGUGCGUGUUUUUUUUAAUUUUAGGCCCGCGGAGAGGAAUCAGUAUUUGUACAUCGGUGACGAGGAGGAGAUAGAAGCUGGCGAGGCUUUAGAGACGGAUUAAGUUGUGUGUAGAUUUCGAAUUGAGGGGGUGAUUUCUUUUGAGUGAUCGUUCAUAUGAUUCAUCUUUGAUCAAAUUUGUUGCUCAGAAUUGAUUAUUCAUCAUGGUGAUGAGAUUUGAGGGUUGGUGUUGGUCACGGGAAGGAGAAUAGAAUUCUAGGACAAAAUAAUAUUGUUUGGAAUUUUAUGGUUCAUAAAUUUGAAGCAAGAUUUUGUUCUA